AUGAUUACAAGAGCUAGGGCUGGUAUUUUUAAACCCAAACAUGUUGCUGAUUUGUCUCAUCUUGCUCAUCAGGGACUUCAUCAUGCAUUGUUUACUACAAAAGAGCCUAAAGGAUUCAAGUUAGCAGCUAAAAACCCACACUGGCUUCUUGCUAAGGAAGAAGAAAUGUCUGCUUUACAAGCUAAUGACACUUGGGAGCUGGUCCCUCGUCCUGCUUCUUCUAAUGUAGUAGGUUCUAAAUGGGUUUUUCGGACAAAGUUUCAUUCUGAUGGUACCGUGGAACGUCUAAAAGCAAGAUUGGUUGCUCAAGGUUUUACUCAAGUUCCAGGUCAAGAUUACUCUCACACCUUCAACCCAGUCGUUAAAGCAUCUACAGUUCGUAUUGUAUUAUCUCUUGCUAUGAUUCACAAAUGGCCACUACACCAACUUGAUGUCAAAAAUGCAUUCUUGCAUGGACAUCUUACUAAUACGGUGUUCAUGGAACAACCACCGGGCUUCCUUGAUCAACGGUUUCCCCCAUCAUGUUUGUUGAUUAAAAAAGGCUCUUUAUGGUCUGAAACAAGCACCACGUGCUUGGUUUCAACGGUUAAGCACAGUUUUAAUUAA